UCGAAACCUCUUGGCGGCUCUCGACAAAUCGCGUAUCCCUCCCUCCCCCGUGCCUUCCCCAUUGCUUGCUCGAAACGAAACGUCUCGAAUAUUCCCUCCAUCUCCAUCCUCCUUCCACCACCACCACCACUGACCGAGCAUUCGAAGAUCGCGAGAGGGAGAGAUGGUGCUGUGGGAGAUCACGUUGGGGACGGCCUACUUCCUGGGCCUGAAGCGCACCUACAAGCUCGCUUUUCGGAUUCAGCGCAGGUUGAUCGCCCCCAAGCACCCCAAGAUCCGUCAAUUCGUCCAACGACGAACUCGUGCCAUAUUUGACGUGGCGCUGAAGGUUCACAGGAACAUACAAGAGAGAGACAUUGAAGUCGGUCGGAACCUCGGCAACUGGAUUCUACGUUGGCUGGACCGGAUAAAACCAUCAGCCCAAAUUCGCGGUUCUUCCUCAGGGGGAAGCCCUAGCAGUUCAAGCACCAGCAUGAAUAUGACUAAGCAAAUCAAAGGCACUGCACAGUGGAAAGACCCCGGGACUUUCAGCUCAUCAAAAAAUGCAGAAUCUGAUAGGCGCAUGUUUGCCUCGUUAAAGAACACAUGGCCGAAGCCUUUUCCUACCAUCACAAUGAUGAUGCAGUCGGCGAAACCAGCCGGUCGAAUUACGCAGUACAGGCAUGCGAGUACCUAUGGGUCCGAACUGCCAAGGUCGCAUCUCACUCGCGGUCAAUACGGGGGAGUUUUCAGGGAGGACAUAAUGCAGUGGAUGCUGCAUAAAUGAACGCUGCAAUUUCCCUUGUAUCCCUCACGAACCACAGUUUCGGAGACCUAAAUUUUUUCCUCGGACACGGCAAGCUUAGAUGCUGUUCCUCCAUUUUCUUUUUUCUUCCCUUCGUUGUAAUGGCGGUUCAUCAGGGUCUUAAUUUUCCUUCGUGUAAAUUCUUAUGAUCCCCCCAUUUUUCUCUGGAGCUUUUCAAUGUCUGAAAUAAAAACGGGUCCUUUAUCA